UCCUCCCUCUUUCUCUCUCUCCUUCCUUGGAGGUUUCAACUUUCUAAAAAUUUCCCUCACUCAUAUAAUUUUUUCUCUCUUUUUAAUUUAUUUUCCCAAUCUCGCUCAACAAGGUGAAGGCUCACUGACCCAACAAGAUAACAAUCCAUGGCGAGUCAACUUGAGCCAACUCAACUCAGAAACUGCUCCCACCAUCCAACUCAGUGACUCAGAGCUCUUAAAAAGCUCCGAGUUUGUUGAUGGUCAAGAUCGUCAGCUGUAAAACCCAGGUUAUAAAGAGCGUUUUCCUGAGUUGAAAAGAAGGGUUGUUUUGGAGCAUUUGUCAUGGGUGAGGAAACAACUGAUACAAUGAACCUUGAUUUGAAUCUGGGUCCAGCUCCUGAGACAGGGUCAGGAUCAGUGUCGAAUGAAAGUGUGAAUUGGGAUGAUUUGGUUGAUAACCCGUUUGAUAGGAUUAGAGAAGCUGUUAGGCGUAGGCGGUGGAGAUGGCAGCAGGUUGAAAUUCCUACUGCGACUCAGAACCUCUCUGUGGAAUUGGAUCAAUUUAUGGGGAAUUCGGGCAAUGUGAGCACUUUACAGGCAGGUGAGGGCAGUGUUGCUGCUGAGGAAAGAACGACUGAUGUACCCAAAGCAUGUGAAAAUACCAAUGGAUUUUUGGAAGAUGAGGUUUCAGAAAAAAAGGAUGAUAUUGAGAAGGGUGUUACCAAUGAUGGGAGUUUUUUUGAUUGUAACAUAUGCCUGGAUUUGGCUCGCGAACCUGUUGUAACUUGUUGUGGACACUUGUUUUGUUGGUCUUGCCUCUAUCGAUGGUUGCAUGUGCAUUCAGAUGCAAAGGAAUGCCCUGUCUGCAAAGGAGAGGUGACUGUUAAAACUCUGACCCCAAUUUAUGGUCGGGCAAACAUUACCCAUGAGCCGGAAGAGGACUCAGGUCUUAAAAUCCCUCCUCGGCCCAGUGCACGGCGGGUGGACAGUUUGAGGCAAACUAUUCAAAGGACUGCUUUAAAUCUCCCAGUGGAGGAGAUGAUUCGCCGUCUUGGAAGCAGAUUUGAUUUGACCCGUGACCUGACUCCACCACGGGAGGCCAAUGGUGCGCGGGAAACUACAGAAAGAGCUAAUUCCAUCCUUAACAGGAUUUUGACAUCUCGAGGAUUGCGAGGAGAGCAAAAUACAGGUGUGUCCCUUGAUGAUGUUGAUUUGACACCUAGCAGCACAACUGGUAAUGAGGUUAUGUCCUCCCGGGUUCAUUCUUUGUAUCAUCAAAGACAAUCACAAAUUCGAAGAACUUCAAGAAUAACUUCUCUGACAUCUGCACUGAGUUCAGCAGAAAGGAUAGUUGAGGCAUAUUUUCGAAGCAACCCAGUGGGAAGAAAUCAGGAGCAGCCACCAACAGUUGAUGAUAGAGAUUCUUUCUCAAGCAUUGCUGCUGUAAUAAACCCGGAGAGUCAAAUGGACACUGCUGUCGAAAUAGACUCUGUGGUAUCACUUUCAGCUUCCUCUUCUAGAAGAAGAAACGAUGCUUCAAGGGUUUCAGAUGUUGAUAGUGGUGACUCUCGUGCACAUAGAAGGAGACGACUGAACUAGGAACUAGAAAGAUUUUUGUCGAAUCUCAUGUCCUGGAACUGCUCAAAAGUAGUCUUAACUGCAUUAUAUUUAUAUUGCUUUCACCUUACAAAGAAUUCAGCUUCAUCAUUUAUGAUUUCGACAAGGGUGAUCAUAAAGCUUCCAAAUAGAUUUGUGCUCGCAUUAUGUGAAUUGAAAUGUUAUCAUCCUUACCUAAGGUUCCGUCCUUGAUGUUGUAUGGCAAAACAAAUUUGUACCGAGCUAGUAGACCCAUCUUUACUCUUGCUGUACAUAACCAUGCAAGCCUCAUAUAUCUGAUUAUCUUUGCUUUCA